AUGGCCCUUGCAUCUAUCCCGCUGAUACCGAAGAUAAAGGCCGAGCUGGAAAAGCGCAAGGCUGGGGGGAAAGGCAAGGGGUCUGCGGAAGCUGAGCCGAAAGCUGCUGCCAAGGCCAAAGGCAAGGCCAAAGCCAAAGGAGGUGGCAAAGGCCAGAAGGUCUCACCAGCGACACUGCAGGCCGUCUUGAAGAUCCAGGCGGUGAUCCGCGGCUGGAAGGCACGCCUGGACGUUCAUCCGUCAGGGCCGAAGGAGAAGUCGCGAACGCUGAACGAUGGGGAACAGCUCGUCUUUUCCAUUCAGAACAUCAGCCUCAAGAACGUGCCC